AUCUUGUGAGCAUUUGUGUUGCUAUCGGGGACACAGUCGACAAGCAGAGGCCAGGGUGUGACGCGAUAAUGCAGGCCUCGCUGCGCACUACCUCCGGACGUCAGGCUCUGCACCUUCGCCGCUGCUUCUCCGCGGCCACGCCAGUUGCUGGCCGGCCCCGCACCAUGGCCACCGCCGCCGCUGCCGGUGACAAACUGCCGCCGCUCGUGAGCCCCGAGUGGCUUGCGGAGAGGCUGUCCGACCCGUGGGUGCGCGUGUUGGACUGCUGCUGGUACAUGCCGGUGCACGGCCGCAACAACCACGCCGACUUCCGCGCCAACCGCCUGCCGGGCGCGCGCUUCUUCGACAUAGACGGCGUGGCCGCAGACGCCGCCACCGCCCGGGGGCUGCCGCACAUGCUGCCGUCAGAGCAGGGUUUUGCCGCCGCCAUGGACGCCCUGGGCAUCACCAAUGACACCACCGUGGUUCUGUACGACCACCUGGGGGUGUUCAGUGCGCCCCGCGUGUGGUGGACGUUCAAGGUGUUUGGGCAUGACAAGGUGGCAGUGCUGCAGGGCGGCCUGCCGGCCUGGCGCGCCGCCGGCCUCCCGCUGGACACCUCGCCGCCGCCCAGUGACAGCCACAUGUUCGCAGCCAGCGCCGCAUGCGCCGCGCCGCCGGCGGCAGGCAGCGCCUACAAGGCCCGCCUGGACAAGAGCAAGGUCCGCUCCAUUGAUGACAUGCUCGCCAACAUCACCACCCGGCGGGAGCAGGUCAUGGACGCGCGCAGCGGCGGCCGCUUCGUGGGCACAGAGCCCGAGCCGCGGCCGGGACUGCGCGGCGGCCACAUCCCGGGCGCCCGCUCGCUGCCCUUCCCCACGCUGCUCGAGGGCGGCGCCUACAAGCCCGCGCCCGCCCUGGCCGCCGCCUUCGCCGCCGCCGGCCUGGACCCCUCCCAGCCGGUUGUGGGCAGCUGCGGCAGUGGGCUGACGGCGUGCAUCCUGGCGCUGGCGCUGUACCAGGUCAACGGCAGCCUGGCUGCUGUGUACGACGGGUCUUGGAGCGAGUACGGCGGCCGUGAGGACGUCCCCGUCAGCACACUGCCCGUGGACCCCUAGGGGACCCCCCAGCGGUGGCGGCGGCGCUGCAUCGGGCGGCACUGCAUCGGGCGGCGUGAUGCUGCCGCCACCUGGGAGUGUGAGGCAGGGGGACUGUAGUCGGCAUCCCCAGGGAGGGAGCGGGGCGCAUGGAGGCUGCUGCCGAGGUGCAGCCAGCUCGGCAGAAGGUAGCGUGAACUACCCGCUACGGCGUGCAUGGGGAUGCUUGCGGUCAUUUGCCAUCGAUCAGGGCAGAGGGCCAUGGCCGUCGCUGAGUCACCAUUGUUUCGUGCGGUUGUGGACGUGAGCUGAGCUGGAUGCUGUGUGAGCUGUGUGAGGGGCGGCCCGUCCAGGCGUCAGGGCAGGCGUGUAGGUGUAGGGAGGAGCGAAGGAGCUGGCGGGACGCCUGGAUAACGACGAAGCUGGAGGCCGGGCGGGCGGUGUAGUGUCCAACCAAACGCCGCGCCGUACAUACGAUGCCUUCUCCAAUACGCAUUUUAGUUCAUCUACGUUGAUGAUACUUUUGG